GACCUGCUUUCGUUUCUCUUCACACGGUACCUCCUGCGUCUCAUGCGGGUAGUGCUCCCCGAAACACCGUUACGGGAAAUACAAUUUUUCUGUUUCGUCAUAGUCCAUAACCGCAGCGCACGUAAUUAUCUGAGCGAUGAGCGACAAGUACCUGCGCAAUGAGCAGCAGCAGCUGCUCAACUCCAUCGGUACGGAGGUGUGCUGGGGCUGGUCACCGGCGGUGGACUUCGUCUCCUUGCUCGCGCAGCGUCCGUGUCGUGCAGUUAAAACGCCGAAUUCCGUUGCCCACGCGAGACCGAGCGAAAACGCGAACGCUCCACAAGCGGUGCCGGCGUCGUCGGAAACCACGACCGCGAAAAGCAAAGACGAGCUAGACUUUGAGGCGCUUCUUGCCCAAGCGCGCAGUCAUAAGUCCGACGCACCUGACAAGGCGUCCACGGAGGCACCGGCGGCUGCCACCGCCGCUACCAGUAGUGACGCAGACAACGACGUGCACGUCCUCCUGGCAGGUGCGUGCGACAUCCGUCACAUUCUCCGCACCCUCUCCGCCUUGCGCGCGUCUGACGCACACGGAGCGACAACGGAGACCUCGUCGACACCGACCUAUCACUUUUACCUCUACGAGCCGAACCUGCGACUGCACUGCCGGCAUCUCUUCUUUUUGCAGUGGCUGUUGGAUAGCAUGUUCGCCCUGGAGGAGCUGGAGGAACGCGUGCUGAUGUUCCUCGAUGUGUAUGGAAACUCCUUAAUGCGUGAGAUCACAGCGGCGCAGGUGCGCAACGUCGUGCAGCGGCUGCGCAAGGCGUUGGAGAACGAUUCCUCCGCGCUUCACAAAAUUGUGUCGUUUGCGGAGAUGAAGUACAAGGAGCGCGACUUUGUGGAGAGCCAGCUGUCACACUGGAGCUCCGACGCCUCGGUGUGCGACAUCGAGUCGCAGUGGACGCAGCGCGUACGGCAAGAGAUGGCGGAGCGCUACGACAAUCGCGACAACAUCAUCGACUGGGACUUCGUUUUUCACCUCACCGAGUACACGAACCUGCUGAAGUUUCCGGAAUACCGCACGUGGCGCAACACGGGGGUAGCGUUUGACACCAGCCACAUCAACCCUCGCCGUGGCUUUUCGUACGACUACAAGAUGCCGAACAAGACGCUGUGCUUCUUCUCUCGCACCGGGCGCGGCACCUACGCGGGGGACAUCAAGAACGGCCCUUUCUUCGCCUUUGGCGCGUUGACGGACAACGCACACAUUCGCCACCGCACGACAGAUGGGACGUGCAAGUACGGCAACGGCGUCGUUUCUCUGCACAACGUCCGGGCCUGGCUUUAUACGUUGAUGACCGGCCUGCCGUGGCCGUGGGCGGACCACGCCUUCGCCUGGGACGCCGCGAAGAACUACAACUACCUUCCUCCUGGUACCCCGAGCGGAGUGGAGUAUGCCGCGUCGCUGCCGAAGGUGCGAGUGCACAUCUUGGGUCUCGACUGGGAUCGCUUUGUGCUGCACCGUAGGGAGGGAAAGGUGCCUCGCAUGGAUGCCGCCUUCUUUGGAACCUCUUGCACGCAGUUCAUGACGCCAGAGUUCUUUCAGUGGGUCAUGCAGGAGGAGAACGGCGUGGUGGUGGCGGAGACGGCGAAGUUCAUCGUGGAUGCCGAGGAUGUCGCGAAGGACGCGUACGUGGCGAAGGUGGAAAGCUCCGCGAAAGACGCCGAGUGGGCGAAGGAAGAGGCGCUGACGAGGCUGUUGCACGAAGGUACACCGGAGCCGCGUCCCGUGCAAGGGUCCAUGACGGAGGCGCAGAGGGUGUCGGCGAGGCGAUACGCGCAGCCUGCCUUGCUCGCCUUCGUCCCUUCUCGCUCCGAGUAA